CCUUUCCUUACGUGGCCAUGCAUAGGUAACUUCAGGGCAUUGAAUGCGCUGUCGCGUCCUUUGACAUGGUUAACCGUUUACAAAACUGAUUUUACAACGUUUCUUGUGAUAUAGCGGGUACUUUAUCAUGCCUAGUGUGUGUGAAAAAUCGGUGAAAUUUCGACAAAUCCUCAGUAAUUGAGUUUAGUGGUGAAUGUGACGAGCAUUGUUUUUACCACGUCAAAAACUGAGCCAGUGUCGUGUGGUAGCCCGACAGAUAUAUUUGCUUUAUUGAUAUUUUGAGUGUCAGGCGUUUUGGUGUCUAUGCAUAUCUUGAGAGUUUGGACGGUGUUUUAGGCUACUAAUUACGAAGAAAAUUUUUCUCAAAACCUUCGAGGAACAUAGCUGAUAAAAUGUCAGAAAUAGUUUACCCCCAGGGGUGCAGAUCCGUUACCGAAGAUCUCGGUCCAGAUGAAUUGAUCAGACGUCUCAAGACACUGGCACAUACCCUGCAAGCUAUGGGUCAGGAUGAGGGAAUGUACCAGCAGUACAUUCCGUUGGCUUUACACUUGGCCGAAGAUCAUUUCCUCAUGCACCAAAGUAAAGAUGUACAGUUAUUAAUUGCAUGUUGUAUCGCUGAUGUUCUCAGAGUUUAUGCACCCGAGGCUCCGUACAAAGAUGCUGACCAGGUGAAGACAAUAUUUUUAUUCCUCAUCAAACAGCUGUCAGGUCUGAAGGAUCCAAAAGAUCCGGCUUUUAAGCGGUACUUUUACUUGCUUGAAAAUUUGGCUUACGUGAAAUCUUUUAAUAUGUGCUUCGAACUGGAAGAUUGUCAAGAAAUAUUCUGCGCGUUGUUUUCACUCAUGUUCAAAAUAGUCAACGACGAGCACUCUGGAAAAGUAAAAAGCUUUAUGCUGGAUGUGUUAUGUCCACUUAUAACUGAAUCGGAUAUAGUUGGAAACGAGUUAUUGGACAUAAUUCUCAUGAAUAUUGUAGAGCCAAAUAAGACUCAGAAAAAGAAUGCUUACUUGUUAGCAAAAGAACUUGUGAUUAAGUGCAGUGACACUCUAGAACCAUAUAUUCAAGCGUUCUUUAAUCACGUGCUGAUUCUUGGAAAAGAAGAGAAAGGUCUACAGAUAUGUAAAAAAGUCUACGACUUGAUAUACGAAUUGAAUCACAUUUGUCCUAGUGUUCUGCUAUCCGUCCUUCCACAGUUAGAAUGUAAACUGAAAUCAUCUUUGGAGAACGAGAGGCUGGGUGCCGUAGCUUUACUCGCUAGAAUGUUCUCAGAAAAAGGAUCGCAGCUAGCUAUACAGCAUACCCAGCUGUGGCGAGCGUUUCUAGGUAGAUUUAACGACAUAAGCGUAUCAAUUCGCAUAAAGUGUGUUCAGUAUUCAAUGCAUUUCUUACUGAAUCAUUCGGAGCUCAGAAAAGACAUUACCGAUACAUUGAAAUUAAGGCAACAUGAUGCAGACGAAAGCGUAAGGUACGAAGUCGUCAUGGCAAUUGUUACCACCGCACGAAGAGAUUUUGAAGUUGUGUCAGACAGUGAAGAUCUGCUGGAAUUUGUGAAGGAAAGAACACUGGACAAAAAAUUUAAAAUUCGGAAAGAAGCUAUGUCGGGAUUGGCAAUGAUUUACAAAAAGCAUCUCAACGACGCUGACGUACCUCAAGCUACUAAAAAGGCAGUGACUUGGAUUAAAGAUAAAAUUUUGCAUGGAUAUUACAUGGCUGGAAUGGAAGAUAGAUUACUUGUCGAAAGACUACUUAAUACGUGUUUAGUGCCGUACCAACUAAGCCCAGAAGAGAGAAUGAAAAAAUUAUAUCACUUAUUGGGAACUAUCGAUGAUCAUGCAUCCAAAGCAUUUGUUGAGCUGCAAAAGCAUCAAUUAGCGGUGAGAAGAUCUGUUGUCGAAUGGGUUGAGAUUACAAAGAAGCCAGAAUCUCCCAGUCGUGAUCGAGACUUGUUGGCCAAAGUUUCACAGAUAUCACGUUUUCUACCAGAUCCAAUGAAGGCACAAGAAUUUUUACAGAAAUUUAGCCUUCAUAUGAAGAAAGACCCGACAUUGCUUCAAGGAAUGGAAACCAUUGUACAACCUAAUGUUACCUGUAAAGAAUGCGCUGAAACUACGAGUUUAGUCCUCAAGAAGCUGGGUCAACCGGUUAUGACUAAUCUAUACUACAACACAAUCAAAAUGUUGUUAGAGAGAGUAAGCUCAGUCAUGAUAGAUGAAGAAGCAAUUCGGGUAUUAAUUGGAUAUGUCUUGGACUGUUUAAAAGGAGGUAAUGUCAUUGAAGAAGUCGGGUUGAAUCCGAACAACGCUGGUGAAAAGGGAUUGAGAUUGCUUGUGAUGUUAUCAUUCGUUUUUGGCCCUCAUUUCCUUCACGCCGACAUACUAAUGCGUUUGGUCAACUUGUUAGAGCUUGAUGAUGAAAUGGUCGCACCAUUAGUCCUGUCUAUAUUUACAUUUUUGGGAAAAUAUAAGUCAUUGUCUGAGGUGGCCCCUGACAUAAUGAACCUCAUGGUCCCUUUGUGUAAAACAUUUGCUGAAACUGGUACUCCGAAACAAGCCAAACAGGCAAUUAGGUGCUUGUUUGUUAAUAUGGCGAAUAUUCACGAUUCCAUAUUCCCCGAAAUCAUUGAAAGGAUCAAAAACACACUCACACCAACUUCAGAACAUUACCGAACAUCAAUUGUUACAUUGGGACAUAUCGCCUACAAUUUGCCUGACAAGUAUCAAAUACAAAUAAAGAAUAUGGUCUCUAGAAAGAUUGUCAAAGAACUGCUGGUCAAGGAAAACAGUGAACAAACUACAGAUGUUAUAGAAGGAGACUGGUGUCGAGAAGAUCAAUUACCUGAAGAAACACGUUGCCGUUUAGAAGCAUUAAAAUGUAUGGCCAGGUGGCUGUUGGGACUUAAAAGUGACGUUCUUUCUGCCCAAAAAACAUUCAGAAUGCUUAAUGCAUUUGUAGUAAAUAAAGGUGACCUUUUGCAACAAGGCCGAUUAAGUAGGGCAGAGAUGAGCUGGCUCAGAUUGCAGGCUGGGUGCUCGAUGCUUAAGAUAUGCGAGCAGAAGGGAGUAGGAGACCAAUUCACGGCGGAGCAAUUCUACAAUCUAUCUCAACUCAUGGUUGAUGAAGUUCCACAGGUUAGAGAAGCUUUUGGAGGUAAACUUCACAAAGGUCUGGGCAGAGGGAUACCAAAUAAAUGCUUACCUCUUGAUUUUAUGGGGUAUUACGCACUUGCUGGUAAAGAGCAAGAUAAGAGGCUGAAAUAUCUUUUGAAGACAUACAUGCAAACAGAUAUUAACAAGAGAAGAGACUAUGUAAAAACACUCUCACUGGGAACAGUGGACAAAGCGAUGGGUCAAUUACCCCACAUUUUACCAGACUACAUGCUGGUAUUUGCGGUGCCAAUUCUGGCGCACGAUCCCGAGUUCACAAACUAUAAUGACGUAAGCCAACUUAAGGUCAUUCAGCAGUGUCUUUGGUACAUCCUGGAGCCACUGAUAACCAAAAAUGAAUUCUACUGUUACGGAUUUUACAAAAACCUGAUUGAACGAAUGAAAAGUCACAAGGAUGCGUUGAAACCAGAGGAUGACAAUGUCAACUAUAAACUAUGGGCUGUGUGUGAUUUAGCUAUGAAUGUUAUAUUUUCGAAGACAACAAACUUCGAUUUGAAAGAGUUCCCGAGUGAAACCCGCAUUCCUACAAUGUAUUUCAAGAAGGCUGAUGAACUGUUGGUAAAUUCUAAAAAUUAUCUGCCUGCUGAAAUGCAAGUAAAUAUGUCCAGUCCCAAAGCAAAAGGUCUACUUCACAAUACACACAUGGGUAAUGACAGGCCUCAACGUAGAACAAAAUCGAAACAGCAAAAGGAAGUAGGCAUUGGACCGAAUGAAACAGACGCCAGACUGCAAAUCGGAGAAAUGGAAUGUAUUGAUGCACAGCCUGCAGAAGCAUCAGAGACUAGAAUCCAACUUCCUGGAUUGGAUGACGAGAUCGAAGAACCACCAGCCAAAAGAAUGCACAGAGAUUCUGAUAAAAUUAAUUUGAAGUGAAUCAAGCAUGUGUGUGGUUGCGUCGUGGGAGAGGAGUGGGGCGUAUGGGGAUCGAUAUAAUACAGUAAAUAUAUGAGAAAAAAAAAUCUGAAGAAAAAAACAGUUUACAAAUUAGGAAACAGAAUAUUUUGGUUAUACACAACAAUUAUUACACCUAAGUCGUUCGCGUAUUUCUAGAAGUUUACCCGUUGAUGUUAUGACGCACUACACUUGAUCGCUGACACAUAUUUGUUUAUAAUUCAUAAAACUCAUUCUUGGGAAAACUUGUAGGACAAUAUCGCAGAGAUUCCUUUAAUAAAUAAUUUUGCAUUUGCGUCAGACAUGGAAUUUAAUUUUACCCUAACGUAUUACGGUACGUUGCGUUUGUUCAGUAUAAUUUUAAAAGUCUUCUGUAUGCGAAUACAUGUUUAGGUAUUAUUCGUGGUACCCUCUGGCUGUGUUAUGAAUAUAUGAGUUAACAUCAUCAAAUUCAUUAGUUGAUUGGAUCUUGUCAUAACUUAAGCAUGAAUUUAAGACUGAAACAAGGUUUAGGUAGGAUUUUUGAACUGGUCUCGUUUAGAUUCAUUCAAUUGGUUUAAUUGUUUGUUUAAAAAUUAUCACCUACAUAAAAAAAAAAACUGUUUUAGGGUUAAUACAGUUGAGGAUAAUACACUUUACAUUUCACAGUCCACUAUCAUAUUAAAUGUUCAGUUUGUAAUAUUUUAUGAAUUAUAUACUCAUAUCUGUCAACUUUUGAGGGUGUUUCAUUUCCUUAACACAUUAGGCUAGGCGUCUUGAUAAUAGAAUUCUUGCAUACAAAUUAUCUAUCUUACGUUUCUUUUUUUUCUGUCAAGAGUCAACUUUUUUUUACAUUAAGUUAGUUUUGAUAACAGUCGAAUUGCUGUCGAUUAAAGCUUGCAUGGCAUUGAGUUCACAAGAAUCUUUUGUUUUACAUUAUACAGAUGAGAUAGUUCUCAUUGGAUAAGUUUAUUUAAUUUUAUACUAAUCUUGAAUGAAAGUAAUUUGCCAGUCAGUCAGUAUCGUUUGGUAAUCGCGCUUUAUGUAAGCUAAAGUUAGAUUACCAGAGAUUUCGGUAAUUUUCAGGUCAUCUUGAAUUAUACUGCAAAGAAAUUAAUUUAUAUUUUUGAGUGUUCCUUGUUUAUCGUAAGGUCUACUUUUUUACUUGUUCUAGUAUGGCAAAGAUUUAAGUUGAUAAUUUGGGCAAAUCUCUAGUAUUUAGAUUGGAUAUUUCUCAAUGAUAUUCUUUGAAAAAAAUAUCAAUUACUAAUUUUUCAACGACGUCCAAUGCAAAUGCGAGCUUUAAAAGAAGUGACACAGCUAAGUUGGCUUACUUACAUUCAUAUUCUCAGCUAACUGGUGUGUGCGAAUCAGCUGAGUAAUCCAAAGUUGUUCAUUUCUAUUAAUAUUAUUAUGAUUACUAUUAUUUCUAUUGUUAUGUAAUGAAAACUCUGUGCGAUGACAUUAGCUGCAAGUUUUUGUCUACAAGCCUUGUUUACUAAUAAAUGCUUGCAAGAUUUCAGUAACAAUUUUACAUUGGUGACUUGAUAUUUUCUUUUCUGCUAAUAAAUGGCUAGGGUGGAGUAGUUUUGUGGUUGGAACGAUUUUGCUAAUAAUUAUUUUUAAACACAUGUAGGCACGAAAGUUCACAGGACAGUGCAACAUGAUAAUAACUCUUACUCUACGAGUAAUGGAAAAAAUAAAUUUCAUCAACCUUGAAUUUGAUCAUUAAUGUCGCCUUCAUCUGCUGAAGAUUUCUUGCAGCAUCAUUUUUUGCUAAUACGUUUGGUACGAAUAUAUUAAAUGAAAAUGUAUUUUUAGUACGCUGAGUUAGCAAUUUGUCCUCCAUUUUCAUUGUUUACAAAGUUUAGUAUUUUAAUCAUGCUUGGAUACAUUCAUAUUCAAUAUACGUAUAGAAUAACGAGUUGAACAAGAUGUAAAAAAUUACACAUUUUACAUAUUAAAAUCAGUUCAUAAAAAUUGGAAUAUAAUAAUAGAAGAAACUAUUCAUCACAAGAUUCAUGCUGCAUACUUGUUUCCUAUCAUAGUAAGGGUCCAAGCAAAGUUUCAUAAUAGAAAUUUGGUCCCAAAUCGACAACUGGAAUUAAUAUUAUUUUACAGAUUCAUAUAUUUAUUACCAUUCCAGAUGGUAUCAAAUGCUUGUUAUACUGUACGCUGAUAGCUUUCCAUGUUUGUAUUAUUACAUAUUGUUGUCGCAUAGCUAACAGCGAGUGCUAAGUUAUUGCUUUUGUGUUUGAUGAUUCCUAGGUAAUCGGUUUUAUUCAUGCCUAACUUUAAUUAAGUUCUGACGCAUAUAUUCGUUGGUAUAUUGAUGAUCUAUAAUCGAUAGACAAUAGAAAAUUUUCUUGGUUCGUAGUCUUAUUUGUAUGAAACGUGAUAUACAUAAUAGUUUCUGUAUUUUAUUUGCUAAUAAUACCCUAAGUAAUUUAUAAAUUCUAGCUAACCAUUUGCUGAGAAUUAGCCAAUGCCAUUCCUGAAAAAUAUGUCAAACUUCGCAAAUUUCAUUAGAGUCGAGUUUUGUUGUAAAUUAAUGUUGAAAAGAAUGCUUGUGCCCAAUUUUUAUCAUCCUAAAUAUAUGUUUCUUUCUUGCUAAAUAUUACAUUUACGACUUUUACGAUAAGAGAAUGCAUUAUUUUUAGUUGUCAUAAAAUUAUUACCCAGCUAUUUGGAAAUUGUAGAUAUUUAUGAGUGAUCAUAUGAGUUGCAGGCAUUGUUGUAAACAUUCUUCACCAACAUUGCAAGUAUAUUCAAUGUUUGUAAAAAAAAAUCUUAUCCAUUAUUCUUCAAGUAUUUUCAACUUUCGAUAUCGUGAACGUAUUUUCGUAAAAAUUUUGAGAGAAUAAAAGUUUCGCACAGGCCUAGUUCUGAUUACAUUUUUUUUUUUUUUUUUUUACCUGAACGGUAUAACUAUUAUUGUAUUAAAGAACAUUAAAUUAACUUGAAUGUAAGUAUGAAUGAAACAUAUUAAUUGUGAACAAAGACGGAUGAAUGUGUUUAUUGUAUUUAAGCAACCUACAAAAUAAAAAUAAAAAACAAGAUAAAAACGUAGUAUCUAUUAACAGAUUUUACAGUAUCUGGCUUUUUCAUAGAACUCUCAGUCGUCAUAUAACUUUUAGAUACAUCAUAAUAUAGAACGAGUACUUACCAUUGUGCUUGCCAAUAAUGUUUAAUUGACCAUUAUUACAAUUAAUUAUCUAUUGUUACAAGUCAAAAAUUCCACAUUGCACUUUAGAAAAAUUCAACAAAAACUGAAAAUAAUAUCAAGCCAGAAAGGUGAAUAACUUUGUUAUUUUAUUCUCUCGAAUAAACACGCGGCAAGCAUUUGAUUAUAUUCUAUCCAAUCAAAAAUUGUUUACAUCCAUACAUGGAUGAAACAUUUUAUUCACAAUAACCAUUGAACCAGUAAUACUCGUUGCAUUUAUAAAUGCUGCUAUAUACCUAUAAGCUAAUACUGUAAUUUCUGCGAAUAGGACAGAGAACUCGAUGAUGCAUAUUUCAAACGAGAGGCAGAUUGCAAAUAUUCAAUAUUAUCUGUCAGUCUGUGACAUAAAUAAGGUAUUGUAUUGGUUCUAUAAUAAAACAAAUUACGAAACUACA